CACAUCCAAAAAAAAUCUUAUUUGCGAAUUGUUUACAUAGCUUGUGGUACAACUGACUUCAGUUUUCGGAGACACGUGUGCCCAGACCCCUCCCAUUUGCCGGCGGACAAAGCAAACAGCCUGUAUUUUGUGCCACAUAUUGUAAAAUAGGGGAGUAAAAGAAAUCGGUUUUAAUUCCAUCCCAAGAAAGACGAUUAUGAUAACCAAGAGUAGAGAUACACUGGUGUCUUCAACCUGCAAUAUAUAUACUUGUUAACGUUUAAUGUAUAUUUAUAAUUUGUGUGUAUUGUUUAUAUAUUGCGUAUAAGUGUUUAGCUGUGUUGUUUAUAAAUAUGUGAAAGAAAUGUUGCUGGGAGUGAGUUAUCAUCGAGAAUUAUUCCACCUAGAUCCAAACACAUUCCAACAGGAGGAAUAAACAACAAACACAUGAUAGAAGGGCUGUACAUAUCACGUGACAGGUGACCUCCCAGCUGCUCUAACAAGUACAACUACUACAGCUACAAACUACCAUUACUACAAUUAUUACUACUAUCGCCACCAUUUCUUUUAAUCAUCAACUCCUGUCCACCGCUGCACCUGGUAAGACCAUCAAUCACAUCGCGCAUCGUUGUUAUCGUUAUUAUGAGGUGUGCUAAUUGUCAGCAUCAACACAAUCUCCGUCACCACCACUACCAUCACUACAGUCAUCAUCAUUGUAAUGAUGAAGGUUGUUUUCUACACUGCUGCUGCUUGCUACCGUACGGACCGCAAUUACAAUAAUAACUGCCUUCCAAACGAUUGUCUUACCCUUAACAGUAGCACCACCACCACUGCCAUCGCCACCAGAACUCUGUUCUGAAUCCCUAUCACAACAACAACAGCAAUAUCUGUAGCAGCAAUAUUAUUAGGACUGGUAACUGUUACUACUAUAAUAACAAGACAGUUGGUUUUUUUUUGUCUUCAUCACAAUCAUGAAAACUAGUAUUUAUACUACUUUUCUCAUCACAGACUGUCAGCAAACGGACGACAUUUCCCAAAGUCUCAUCUCUUAAAAUUCUCCGGACUGUUUAUUAUUCUUUCUUCAAGCUUUAAAACCAUCCUGAAAUUCCUUAGUUAAUGUCUGUGAGGACGGAAAGAUUAGAAUAAAAAAAAAAAAAGUAACAGGAAUAUCGCUGAAAGAGGUAAAUAUCUCUCUUCUUUACACCAUACAUAAACACAAUACUCCUCCAGCCUCUUGCAACUUGUUUAUAAUCAUGUCUAAAGAGAAAGCAUCAAAACACUGACCAACUGAUCUACCCAGUCUUAUGUUGCUAAGAAACUUAAACAUGGGACAAGAAAUCCAGGUGUUAGUGUUUGUGUUGGUAAUACUCCUUUGUGAAGCUUGUGAAACCAAACGCUAUGGUCUUGAUGAUCCAAUCCACUGUAGUAAAAUCCGGAUCAAAUGGCUUGAAGAUGAUCAAUGUGCAAUAAUUGUUGGCAAAAUCACUGCCCCACAAAGUCCAAAUUCAGACAAAGACUGCCAGUUCAUAUUGGGAGCAUCAUCAAGAAGCAAAUACCAGUUUGUGUUACUCACCUUUGACACAUUUUACAUCAACAGCUGUGAUGUUGUGCUCAAAAUCUCAGACUCACCAACAGCUCAGUUUGACAGAAAGGUCAAACAAUUGGCCUUAUUGACGUGCCAAUCUCCAAAUCCUGGAAAAAUUUACUCCCACGAAGGCAACCAUGUCAUGCUGUCAUUACAGCGAGAAGACAAAUACAUUCGGAACUACAAUUUUAGAAUCAAUGCUUCCCUUUCAACUGGUCCACCAAAACCUUCGAAACCAAUAAAAACAAUACUUAUCGUGAUUGGUUUAAUCACAGCAUUCAUCCUUGCGGGUUGUGGAUUUUUAUACAAAUGCUAUCUGAUGCAACGAGCACGUUGGCAAGAAUCUACAUCGGUGCUAGACGUGCACGAGUACUCAACGCCCAGAGUAAGGCACAGGUUUCCAGGUAUGAACCAUCCAAGGAAUGCAAAUAAUGUUGGCACGCAAACUCUUAUGAAUGGUGAAUAUGGCUCUCUACUCAGCUAUGAGCCCUUGUGCAUUAUCAGAGAAGUUCAAAACGGCCGGAUAAAUUCAUCUUCGCAGACUACCUUUGGGGAUGAUGCUGAACCCAGAGUGCACAUUAUUUUGCAAGGUAUGAAUGGAGGGACCGAGGCAGGACCUCACUCAGAACUUGAUUAUCCACCUCCAUCAUAUGAAGAAGCUAUAUCAAUGCCCAGUCAGUUACCCUCCAGAAAUCAAAAACAGACUCCCACAGCUAAGUCAAGAAAUGCAACAGAAAGAGCACUAGCAGAAGAAGUGGAAGAAGUAGAAGAGGAGGAAGAGGCAUCAUCAUCAUCUACAGCAGCAACUAAUUCAACAGCAGCAGCAGCAACAACCACAGCAACAUCGACAGAAGCACAGCUGUUGCAUCCAAAUCUGUCUCACAGUUUGUUUGAUAGCUAACUACCAUACCCUGAACAUUAUUAAACCGCUGAGAGCAGAUGGGAACAUUGCCUUCAAGACAAACUACUCUUAACUCUCCAAAAUGUGCCAAGUCUUUCAAAUACGUCAUUGAUAUUUUAAAAUAUCCUGGCCUUUUGACCUAUAGAAAUUUAAGCUUCACUCUCAAAUCUAUCCAAAGAAAUUUUUUGGAAAUUCAUUUCAGCAAUUCUGUCUUCUUUCUCCUUCUUCUGUCAUUCAACAUGCACAAAUUCUGUACACACACACUCACACACACACACACACAUGCAUCAUGCAUGCACACACGUGUGUGUACGUGUGCAUGCAAGAACAUUGAGUAUCUGGAAAUCCUGACGAACACGAAUACAAGUAACAUGUAUACACAUACAUAAUUUAUUUUUAUAUUUGUUUUUCUUUGGCUCUCAAAUUUCUUUAAAAGCAAACAGAAAAAAAAAAAAAAACAAGCAAUCAUCAAAGAAAAGGAAAUAUAUAUUAUUUACAAGAUUUAUGGGGUCACUAGGAGGCCCUUAUCAACACUGGACCAAUACUAUUUUCUUUUUCUUUCCCAAUAUUUUUCUUACAUUUCUUUAAUGUAUAUAAGCAACAUCAGAUGAUAAUUAUAGCUUUGACAUACCAUAAAAACAAAAGAGAUAGACAAAAAUAACAUGGUGUUUUCUAAAUUUGUCUGUUGGUCACGUGAAACGUAGUAUGCACUUUCUCUUUGGUCAGGUGAUAAUAUGUGUCAUACGCUUAGUGUAUCAUCUAUUUCUGUUGUUGGUGUAUCAAAUUCUUCUCAACCACCUUCUGUCUAUCACUUUCAGUAACAACAUUUGUCAUUUCUCUCUAUUUCUCUCUCUCUCUCUCUCUCUCUCUCUCUCUCUCUCUGGCUCUUGCUUUCUCUCCCCUCACUUCAUCUAUCUAAUUCUCUUGCUGUAGUUGGGAAACCCCACCUUAUUUUGCCUCACUCUCUUAUUUUCAGUUCCUGAAUACACACACACACACACAUAUGUACAUCUGAUUUUAUAUUGUGUGUGUGUGUGUGUGUGUGUGUGUGUGUGUGUGUGUGUAUGUGUUUAUAUAAAUAUGUAGUUAUCUAUAUUAAGUGUAUGUUCCCUUAACACUCAUAGCUGAAAUAAGCUAUAUAUAUAUAUAUAUAUAUAUAUAUAUAUAUAUAUAUAUAUAUUUAUAUACACAUAAAUAAAUUCAAAAAGGAAUAAAACUCUUUUACAAGAAUUUUAUCAAGAAGCCAGUGUGUAAAAAAAUUCAUAUGGGAAAUUUCUAUUCCCAAGAAUAUAAUUAUUCGUUUAUAUUUAUAUAAAGGGCAUUAUUACAGAAAAUAAUAACGCCACACAGUGGACUUCUCAAAAUAACCACAUUUAGUACCUAAUGUGAGGAAAAAACAACCAACAGAAGAUGACCAACUUUCUUUUAAAUAAACUUAACUGUGUAUCGGCCGAUUUCGCGAUUACUAGAAUGAAUCUAGAUGUGCUGAUGAACGAAAUCUAGAUUCAUUCUAGUAAUCGCGAAAUCGGCCGAUACACAGUUAAGUUUAUUUAAAAGAAAGUUGGUCGUCUUCUGUUGGUUGUUUUUUCCUCGCAUUAGGUACUAAAUGUGGUUAUUUUGAGAAGUCCACUGAGUGGCGUUAUUAUUUUCUGUAAUAAUGCCCUUUAUAUAAAUAUUUAUAUGCACAUAUAUGUAUGUAUGUGUGUGUACACCUGAGUAUGCAUAUGCGUAAUAUACACACAUGUAUGUAUAUGUGUAUAUACACGCACACACACAUUUAUAUAGAUAUGUAUUGUACGAAGCUGAGAAUUCACUCCAUCUAAACUUAAAGCUUCUUGCAUGUUACAAUCCUUGAAGAGAUGACAUUAACAAAUAAUUCAUAUUGAAGCUUGGAGGAUUGCAUCAAAUGGUAAACUCCAGAUAGAAGCAGAGUGAAUCACCAGCUUUCUACAUCUACUGUAUUACCUACAACUGUUCAGUUACCUAUCUGUUUAUUUUGUCUUUUCCCUCUGUCUGUGUGUCUCAGUCUGUCUGUCAAGUUAUAUAUAUAUAUAUAUAUACAACCCAUGCUAGCAUGGCAAG